AUGCCCAAAUUUAAAAAAAGUAAGUCUUCUUUUUACCGGACUCUGAGACAAGAUUCUUUAAAUGUGACUUCUCGUGCGACUGCCAGUACUUCUAAAUUUAAUGUUAGGGACGAUAUAGUGCCAAUAGUUGCAGGAAGUGCAAGUCAAGAGACUGCUGGCGUAUGUGAUGAAGCUACUGCAAUCACCAUUCCUAAUAGUUGUGAGCCAUUAGAAGUGCCAUUUGAGUUACUUAGUAAUAAUGAUAAUACUGAAAUAGAGUCUGAAAAUGACUCCAGUGAAGACCCAAUUAUUCUCGAAAGCGACGAAAGCACUAAUGAGCCUGCUUGCAUGUCCUCCCAGAACGAAAGCACUGAUAUGCCACAGCAACUGCAGCAAUGGGCUCUCUCAAAUAAAGUAAAUAACAUGGCAUUAUCUAAUCUGUUGAAAAUUUUAAAACCACAUUUUCCAAAUUUACCAUUGGAUGCUAGAACCUUAUUAAAAACACCUAGAAACACUUUGACCAGGUUGAUGGAUCCUGGUGAGUUUUAUUACUUUGGCAUAGAAAAGCAGUUUAUCAAACUUCUUCAAAGGCAUUAUAAAACAAUUUCCAAACAAAUCAUAUCCUGUGAAAUAUUGGUGAAUGUAGAUGGUUUGCCUAUAAGCAAAAGUUCUGGGAGUCAAUUGUACCCAAUAUUGAUUUCUCUUCAUGAUUCAGAUCUUGUGACUGUUGUUGGACUUUAUCAUGGGUACGAAAAACCUAAAGACUCCAAUAAUUUAUUGAAAGAAUUUGUUGAAGAAGCUAUCGGUCUUUCUAAUAAUGGGGUUUGUUUCAUGAACAAUAUUAUUCCCUUCAAAAUUAAAGGUUUUUUAUGUGAUGCUCCUGCAAAAUCUUUUGUUAGGUAUACUAAAGGUCAUAACGCCUAUAAUUCAUGUACCAAAUGUUGUCAGGAAGGAUCCUAUAUAAAUAACCGUAUAUGUUUUACUGAUAUAGAAUUUAUUAAACGUUCAGAUGAAGAUUUUUUGCUAUUACGUCACGAGGAGCAUCACACAGGAACCUCUAUUCUCACUAAUUUACCAAAUUUUGGAUUAGUUUCCUCAUUUCCGUUAGAUCCUAUGCACCUAAUAUUUUUGGGUGUUAUGAAAAAACUUCUCGUAGCAUUGUGGUGUGAAGGAAAACCUCCUUAUAAGUUAUCAAGUAGAAAUUUAUCAGUCAUGAAACCAAGGGGUUUGAAUGAAGUUAAAAGAUGGAAGGCUACUGAAUUCCGGCAAUUUUUGUUAUAUACAGGACCAUUGGUAACCAAAAGUAGUUUGGAAAAAAAAUAUUAUCAACACUUUAUGGUUUUACAUACAGCAGUAUUUAUAUUAUCUAGUUCAGAACUAACCGAAGAUAAAUUAGUCUAUGCAGAGAGUCUCUUGGAAUAUUUUGUUAAAAAGUUUCCCGUUCUUUAUUCUGUUCAAUAUAUGUCACAUAACAUUCAUAAUUUGUUGCACUUGACUGAUGAUUGUCGACAUUUUGGAAAUUUGAACAAAUUUAGCGCCUUUCAGUUUGAGAACUUUUUACAAGUUUUAAAGAAAUUAAUAAGGAAAUCUGAUAAACCCCUAAAACAAGUAAUUAAUCGGAUAAGUGAAAUCGAGAAUGUUGAAUUAAGAAUCCCCUGUCUCAAAAAUAAACAUAAUCAACCAAGAACUCAUGCCUCAGGACCUCUUCCUAAUGGCUACUAUAAUCCACAAUAUAUUGAACAUUUCUUCCCAAAUUUUACAGUGAAAAUAAUAUCACCUGAUAAUUGUUGUGGUUUAGCAAAUGGUAACAUUAUCAAUUUUGAAAAUUUUGUUACAAGCCUUAAAAACGAAGUUAGGAUAGUAGGAAGAAAAUUUAAAAAUAUUGGUGAUUUUUAUGAAAAACCAUGUCCCUCUUCAGAUCUUGGAGUUCUUGAAGUCUCAGAAUUGGAUGAUAAUUUAGAAAUUUGGCAAUUAAGUGAAAUAAAAUUAAACAAUAUCAUGGUAUUGGCAUGGCAUAUAGUUAUGUUUGUGGAAGAAGAGAGGGUGGAGGUCUUUCCAAAAUGUUGGGUCAUUAAUAAUAAUCUGGGUUACUGGCCUAACCAGAAAAAAGCUAGUGGCAUACUGCCAUUAAUUAAGGGCUGUUCCAUGCCAGAAAAGGACAAAUGGGAUGUGGUCCGUAUCCGUAUUAUUAAAAAGAAUAAAAUUUAUGAUGAUUAUGCACAGGCAUCUCUGGCUGCCUCCAAAGCUUGCUAUAAAACAGACGUUGAUGAAUCCACUGAAUGUGAUGAAAAUACUAAAACUCCUAGCUCCUCAAAGGGUAGACGAAUUAUUUAUAACAAAAAAUAUUCACAAGAAGAUGAAGCGUUUGACAGUGAUGAUAUUGAGAGUAGCGACUCAUUAGAGUCAAUUCCAUCCAAGCCUCUCAGAGGUACCUACCGAGCUGAAACCAGGAAAGAUGAUAAUUAUCAUGUCAUACCAGCAAAUCCCAUAGGAUUAUGCUUAGGCCCAGUUGUACAAUCCAGGUUCAAACAGAGGUUAAGUUGA